CCGCCGCCGCGUGUCUCUCGCCCUCCCCGCCGCCCGCUCCUUCCCGCCGCGCGGCUCUGGGUUGGGGGUGCCCGGCGCCCCCGCCCUGCAUUGUCCCUGGUGCAGCGCCCCCUGCCGGCCACCGUGCUGCGGUUUGGGGGGCCCGCGGCGCCCCGGCAAAAGGCCGUUGAGCCCAUCACUGAGUUCCCCGACGCUUCCAUGACCGCGCACUUGGGUUCAUUUUCUCUUCAGAGGUGUCCAUGGUAGUCCAGUUACCGCCUUUCUAGAGUGUCUGUCUACAGCAGCCCAGUCAGUUCUCUGUCACGUUUCUGGCACCCCGUGACUUCUUUCAAUAGUUACCUCAUCAAGUUGGUCAACUUGAUUGAGCCCCAGGAUAUCCAGAUAUUUGUUCUGGCCGUUUCUGUGCUCCAGUUGGGUCUGCAGUGUUUCCUGGAAGCCUCGUGUUAAAGGCUUGGUUGCAGCCUAUGGCGCCAUUGAGAAGCGGGAGAACAUUUCAGAGUGGUGGUGAACUGAACACUGUCUUCUGCUAAGUGCUCCCAUCGUGAUGCCGCUACAAGCCUGAAGCAACGAGGCCAGAUGAGCAUGGGAACUUUGAAACUGUGCCCCAGGACAAAUCUUUCCUGUGUCUGAGAUUUUUAUCCCGGUGUGGAAGGAUAGACAGCUCUGGGGCUGAGUCAUGGUGCUGUGGCUGGGGAAGGGGCUGGUAGGCGUGGGCCUCUUAGCCCUCGCCCACGCUGCCUUUUCGGCUGCACAGCAUCAUUCUCACACACGAGUGACAGAAAAGGGGUGUGAGCCGCUGCCAACAGACAUAGUUCUCCAGACGCUUCUGGCCUUCGCAGUCACCUGUUACGGUGUAGUUCAUACCGCGGGGGAGUUUAAAGACAGGGAUGCCACUUCAGAACUAAAGAAUAAGACCUUUGACGCCUUACGGACUCGCCCGUCUUUUUAUGUGUUUCAUUAUCCUGGUCGUGGACUGUUGCAGCCUUCGGAUGCAACACGUUCUUCAGACGUCAGCGCGUCAUCUUCUGACAUGUGCUGUUGAAGUUCUGAGGUUGGAGUCCCUGCACCGCUCAGCUUUUUACAAGUUAAGUAACAGAACCAAAGCAGAAUUAAGUACUGGGAUUUGGAAUGUAAGAUACCAACUACACAUCAGUAUUGUUAUUGAUAUCUCAGACUUAAUUAAAAAAAACUAUAACCACAAACCAAGCAAAACCCCCAGAAGAUAUUUAUCACAGGUGUCCUGUCACAGCUGUAGGAAGCCGGCCAGCUGUGGAGAUGCUUUUGGAUGAGGCAAACGUGUAUCUCAGCCAAGAGUAAUGCCCUCGAUAAUGCGCGUGGACCUAACCCAGGCAAGGGGCUGAGCGGACCAAAAAGGCUUACUAAGGAAGACGUGCUCCCCCGUGCUUGAGCCGAGACUUCGCUGUUUCUCCGGCUCCGUCCCCUAGACCCAGACAUCAGCCCUUCUUGCACGCUGAGCCUGCUGGUUCUCACAUUUGCACGUAGGCUUCCCUGGGCUCUGCUUGCUGACCACAGUCUUGAGGGACUUGGAGGUUUGCACAGUGUGCGGUCCACUUCUUCAUUGUGGCUCUCACCAAGGAUCCUCCCGGGCUCUCAGGCUGACGAUCUGGAGGCCGCUGUGAGCCGUAGGCUCCAAGAUGAUGACGAUGAUUUUCUGUGCUGUGUGAAGAGGCCUAACGGUGAAGGAGAGGAAGCCAGCCUUCCGAAACAGUGGAGAUAAGAGGUGGAGAGGGCCUCGCACCUGCCUGUCGGGCUGUCGCUGCGGCCAGUCCCGUGUGUCGCUUGCUGCGGUCUGGUUAGCCGCCCACUUCCCUUUUGUGCCCGUGGUUCCAUAUGAGAUUCUGCCAUUUGCAGAUGUGUUAGGCUUGGUCAAAGGACAAGCAGCAGUGAGUGGUGUGUGCAUGUGUUUGUGCAAAAGUGUCCCUUGGUGCCUACAGAGGACUGAUUCUCCAGCCAUCUACAGGAGCCAGAACCCUCCGAUGCUCAAGUAGUUUUUAGAAAAUGAUGCUCAAGUAGUUUUUAAAUGAUUUGGAAUUUGCAUAUAGCCUAUGCCUACCCUCCCAUGUACUUUUAGUCAUCUCUAGAUUACAAAUAAAUCCUACUACCAUGUAAAUUCUGUAAAAAACAAACAAAAAGAGUCAUACUGCAUUGUUUAUGGAAUAAUGAUAAGAAAAUGUCUGCAUGUGUUCAGUACAGAUGGAAUUUCCACCCCCCAAAAUUUUUGGUUACCAGUUGGUUGUGUCUGUGCUUGGUUUGUUUACUUGUCCUUAUGAUCUGCUUCUACAAGAAUGUCACCUCCCUGAGGGCCAUUUACUGUU